UCUAUUGGUGGGAUUUCCCUAACGUCAUCAUUUUAAGAUGUCUGCUCCUUUGAGCUGUGUCUCUUUGCUUCUCGUCUUUCUCGUCCCUCUUGGAGUAUUGUCGGAUGGAAAUGAUACUGAACAGCCAUUGCAGGGGAAUGGUACUGUAAAGACAGGCUUUAACCCAACCCAAGUGACACAGAAUAUCGAAGAGCUUUUUUAUAUCGUUAAUUUUCUCCAAACUGAGGUAGAAGACUUGAAUGCAAAAUUGAACGACUCCCAGGAAUUGAUAUCACAACAAAAAGAAGCGAUAGCAGAACAGAAAGAAAGGCUUGAAUCUUUACAAAAAGCACUAACCGACAGGUCCUCCUCCUCAUCAUCAACUUUAUCUUCAUCAUCAACAACAACAACCUCGAUAUUGGCCUCACCAACAGCAUCAGUGUCAUCGCAUCCAAGUGAUGGUGUAUCAGAUAUCAUCAGUGACUCUCUAACUAUAACAAGCUCGUCCUCUUCUGUGACACCAACUACCAGUAGCACAUCAACCCAAUCAGCUUCCAGUGAGUCUAAACCUUCAGCUCCUACUCCAACUGGUACGGUAGGUGAGGGUGAGGGAGAUGAUGAUAAUGAUCAAAAGAAUGGUCAUGCUUUUUUCGGAAUGGUCAUAGCGAUACUGAUCAUCCUGGUACUCUGUGUGUUGUUGUACGUGUUGUAUCAGUACAGAUAUCAGAUACGCAGUUGGAUAAUGGAUAAAGAAGAAAAGAUUCAAGAGAGAAUGCAGAAUUCAACCUCUUCUCUCGGCAACGGCUCAAGAAGCAAGAAAUAUAACUUAUUGCCUCAACACAUGGAUUCCCUUCACAAUGAUUAAUAACUAUUAAUAACCUUUAAUAAUUAUAAAUAACCUCUAACAACUGUUACCUAUUGAUUUUUACUUAUUAACAUUAAAAAUGAGACAAUACGAAAA